CGUCCAGUGAGGAGCAUCUCAUUUGAGUACGAAACGAGAGAGAAAAAUCAUCAAGAUACAAGGAAAUGUACAAUCAAGGACCAACAGUCGGAAGAAUAAACCCUGCAUUUACAGGCCCUCAGGAUGGACAGUAUCAACCGAACAAGUUUGGGAUGGGUCAGCCUGUGCCGCCACCAUACUAUCCCAACACAGGAUUCCAGUUUCCAAGGGCUGAUUUCAAUCCCAACCCUUCUGGAUAUCCAAACCAGCCAUACGGAGCUCCAGGAGGACCUCACGGCCCAUAUGCCCAACAGUCAUAUCCAGGGAUGUCUCCGUAUCCCCAGGGAGAGUAUGGUCAUAAUAGGGUAAUCGUUGAACCCACUGUCUUCGUGACCCCCGCGCCGCUACUCACUUCAAUGCCAGAUUACAUGUGCUACUCCAUCUUUACCAUGCUGUUCUGCUGUUUACCUCUCGGCAUCGCUGCUACUGUCUGCUCAUGCAAUACUCGAGAUGCUAACGUGUCUGGACAGCAAGAGUUAGCGGUGAGAAGCUCCAGAACAGCAUUUAUCCUAAACAACAUCGCUCUCUGUUUGGGCAUUCUAAUCAUCACGGCAGCCGCUAUCUUGUUACUUUAUAUGCAUCGUGUAUUUUAAUGAACAGAUGUUGUAUUCUAAUUCAAAUGCACCUACUCUGUAAUCCAUCAAUGACUUUGUGGAAAAAAUGACUUUCUUAUUGUUUUAUUUCUUGUUGUAUUUAAUGCUGUUAGAUUCAUCGCUGUAUGAUUGUGCAUUAAGCACUUAUAAAACUACAUUUUAAUCUGUGCACGUUUCUUUGUCAUUCUUUUAAAUUACACAUCAAAACAAGGCAUUUAAAUUACAGCAAAUGAUCAUAUGUACCACAGCCUAUACUACUAUUUCAAUAAAAAUGAAACCACUAAGCAUUUUAUGAUUGGGGAAGAAAUGAAAC